UAUGUUUUUUUUACGAUUUAAGGGCGGUCUCUGAACAAGAACAGCUAACAAAGAAAAGCAGGAGUUUUAUCUUCAUUAAGAAUUAAGAAUAAACAUUUUAGAGUUGUGGGAAGUUGAUUUAAAAAGUCUGAAAGAAAAAAGAAAAAGAAAAACAGAGUGCAGAGAUCUGGCAACCAGCGUGUAGUAACCCAUCUGUCUGUCCUCGUGGGAGAGACAUAGCGUUAGUGUUCAGUCUUAUAGGAGACAUUUGCGAAGACUGUUGUGAACUUCUGCUAAUGUGAAUGAAGAAGCUGUGGACACCUGAGUCAGGAGGAGGUUCUUCAGCAGGCUGCGCCUCCCUGUGGGCAGAGAUCAUGAUGAUAAUGCUGUAACUGUAACUCAGUUUAUCUUCGCUGAUGAGAAACGCCUCGCUGAUGGUCAAAGUUUGGGCGGUUGUGUCACAGUGCUGUAGGUUAUCAAUGGCUCUUCUGAGGCGGAUGAUAAAUAAUCUGAUGAACCGGGUGCUUAUGGGCACAGUACCCUGUGAGAAGAUGGCCAGUGAUCUAGUCAGCAGUUGUAGGAGAAAAUUGGUUGUAGGGCUUGGUAAUCCUGGGAUGAGCGGGUCACGACACAGCGUUGGUAUGGCUGUGCUUGCAGCACUGGCACUACGCCUUGGAGUGGCAGACCAGUGGAGGUCAGACAGACAGGUGUCAGGAGAGGUCAUAGUUUCAGAUUACCAGGACACCCAGCUCGUGCUUCUCCGUCCAAAGUUGCUCAUGAACAUCAAUGGAGUGAGUGUGGCAAAGGCAGCCAGCAAAUUUUCUAUUCAUCCUGAGCACAUUAUCCUGGUUCACGAUGAACUUGACAAACCACUUGGGAAGCUUGGUAUCAAACACGGUGGGAGUGCAAGGGGUCACAAUGGUGUGCGAUCCUGUGUUGAUUGUCUACAUACUGAUAUUAUGCCCCGUUUACGAAUUGGAAUUGGCCGACCUUCAGGGAAAACAUCAGUGGAGAGGCAUGUUUUAGGACGAUUUUCUAAGGAGGAACAGAACAUUCUGAGCUCUGUCCUGGAGCAGAGUGUGGACCUUUUACUGACACAACUCACAGAGACACAACUCCAUAAAUCUCCACCAGGGGGCAGAAGAGCAGCAGGCGGGAGUAAAGAGAAACCACCUCCAGCUCGAGAGCCUGCUGAAGGACAGACCCAGAACUGACCUGCCAGUUCAUUAACAAUGAUAAAUCUUAAAUCUAUGGAAUGCAGAUUAUCUUAUUGAAAAAUGUAUGGUUUUAUUUGCAGUGUGAAAAUAGGGCACUUUGUAACAAGCAUACUUUAGCAGAGAAAUUUUAUUUAUGCUAAUCAACAACUUGUUAGUAGACCUCUCAUAAUUAUAAUAAAUUUCUUAUGAAUUUUGUAUUA